CGCACCGCCCCAUCGUUCCUUGUCCGUGAGCUGUGCGCCUGUGCGUUGUCGCUAUGUUCAGACUGGGGUAUCUUUACGACGAUAUUCGUUAGUAUUCGUUCUUCCGUUUCCGAGAGACGUGAAUAAGAGGAGGCUAAACGGGGCGUGUAGUGGGUGUAUGCACACGUGCGAUGAGGUCGCACUAGUUUCCACGAUCCAUCAAGAGAAAUCGUAUCGCGUCGUCCUUAGGUCGAGUUUGGCGAUUGAUUCGCUCGCGUGUGUAUCGCUGAACGCUGAACGCCGUGCUUCACGCUGCACGCUGCACGCUGAUCGUCGUGCCUCUGUUGCCGUUGAUUCUUCGUGUAUCGACCAAUGCAGGCUAACAUAGUUAACAAUCGCUACUUAUUAUAGACAUAGUGUAUGCGCGGGCGCAUACUGCAGCUCGGUGGCGCGCGUUGUGCGGCACGUGCAUAUGUGUGGCUUUGUGCUUGUGCAUACGACGCGCGAACAAAGACGAGUGAGAAAGCCGUGUGUUUCCGGGUGUGACUGGUUUCUCACUGGUUCUACUGCGAUCAUUCAUGCACUCAAAUAAGCAGAUACGCAUAGUGACGCUUCUCGAUCGAUUCUGACCGAGUUUGUCUCUGACGGACGAAUUAUCGGAGUGUGAGUCCUCGUUGAUCGCGAUUACGUGGGUCAGACUUGGCAUUCUGUCUCUGUUUGUCGUGUUCCGAUUAUUGGUUAAACUAAUAUCGCUAGUAUUUGUGUAGGCACGACAAGCCACGGUAUCUUCCGGCGAGGUAACACGUGCUCGUUAGGUGUACUUCCAAGUUAGGUGGGUCCCGUUGUGCAAAGUGGGUGGAGGCUGCAUCGCGAGUCUGCCUUCCCGUUAUCAGCGACGCCAGGGUGUGAGUGAGGAGCGUCACGGGGAACAGCGGGAGUAUCCCCUCUAGAACAAGUCCUUUUCUGUAGCUAUAGACAACAUACUUACAUUUAUGUUAUGGAGCCUGAGCACAGUGGUACUUGACGUGAAAUGUCAUCAGAUAUAUUGUUAUAAAUUGUGUGCACUGUAAAAUAUUAUCAGUCAUCAUGAAACGAAGCAUAGAUGGGAGGAAUAUUGCACAAGAUGAAAUUGAAGAGCAGGAUCCUUUGCAAACAUCGUUGACGCAACACGAUGAAGCAGAUGCGCAACAAUUAGAGCAACAACAGCAGCAAACUGCCCAGCCACAAAUUCGUUUUUUAAGUGCAAAUGUGUUGCAGCAAUUGCAACAACAGCAAGAUGUUCAACAACAGGCGCAACAGCAGCAGCAACAACAACCGCAAGUUAUCACUCUACAGCAGCUGCAGAAUUUUGUGCCUUUACAAACUCAACAAACACAACACGAUCAACAGAGAGCACAAACAAUUUCUGUCCAGUCACUGCCCCAUCAAUUCUUGCAGGGUGCCCAGAUUAUUAGUGCUCAGACACAGGCUAUUCAACAACAGCAGCAACAAAAUCAACAACAACCACAGCAGCAGCAGACUCAACCGCAGCAGCAACAACAACCGCAGCAGCAGCUUAGUUAUAGUGUAAUUCCACAAAUGCAAACUGUUAAUAUAGAUGGACAAGAGGCUCUAUUUAUUCCGUCCUCCGCAAUAUCCGCGGCGGGCAAUCAUCAUCAAACGCAACCGACGAUGCAAUUUGCAACGUCAACAAAUGGUCAACAAGUGCAGCUAGGUAGCCAACAGGUGCAAUUAGCUAAUGGUCAGACUAUUAUUACACCGCAACCUGUUAGCCUGAUAAGAGCACCCAAUGUCUUUCCUACUUCGAUUAUACAGAAUAUCACAGGACAGACGGUGCAAUUACCAACAGGUCAAAGUGUACAAGUAAGACCACUUCAGUUUCCUAUGCAACAUGUUCAACAAACUGUGCCUGUGCAAGUACCAGUCACUGCCAGUAACGGCCAAACCGUUUUUCAGACUGUACACUUUCCUGUUCAAGCCUUGUCAAAUGUUUUUAAUAUGCCUACGACACAAAUGAUACCUCAAAUCACACAAAUACCUCAAGUAGCAUCAAUAAUCUCUCCGAAUGGUCAUAUUCAGCAAGUGCAAAUCGCUAAUCUGCCACAGCUGCAGAAUCUUCAGGCGCAGCAACAAGUUGUUCAACAGCAAACCCAGCAACAGGUAGUGCAGUCGGUUCAACAACAGCAACAACAGCAAGUCGCUCAAGCGCAGCAGCAACAACAACAGGUACAAGUGGUGCAACAAGUGAUACAACAGCAGCAGCAAUCGCAGUCACAAACACAACAGCAGCAAACGCAGCAACAGCAGCAGAUACAACAAUCUUCCACACCAUCAUCGACUGUAGCAACUUGGAGCACAACAGUUGCAACUCCUAGCAACGUGCAGGUACUUGGUAUAAGCGCGUUAGGAAGAACUGUAACAGGAAAUGGUAAUGUAAUCACCACAAAAGAUGGUCAAAAAAUUGAUGUGCAGGCGUUAUCGACUUUAACAAGAGCACCCGACACGGUCGAGGGCGAUAUUAAAGUAACCAGUAUCGACGCUAGUCAAUUAGCCAGUGGACAAGUAAUACAUAUCCCUGCUGCACAGUCGACCCAACCUACAGUGCAACCUAUUACAAUUACGGGAGCGCAAGGGCAGCAAUUGACGCUCAUUCCCGCAUCCGCGCUAGCAAAUUUAACUGCACAACAAAACAACGUGGUGAGGAGCGUGAACAAUGGAAGCAUAAUGCAAAUUCAGCCGGCUACUGGGAUGAAUACGACGAAUGGUUUCCUACAAUCGAUACCUGUGCAAAAUAUCCCUGGCUUAGGCAAUGUGCAAGUAAUACCAGCGAGUGCAUUGCAACCCGCUACGGUGCAAACGUUACCUGCCACAGCUACUACGCCUAUCGUUACUACGCCAACGGUGCAACUUGAUUCAAGUGAUCCUACAAAGUGGCAGAUCCUACAGACGCUUCAAUCGAAUGGGACUUUAACGACAACCACUCCCAUACCCCAACAACAACAACAACAAGUAUCGAACACGUCCAAUCCCAAUGGUGAAGGUGAUACUACCAAACAACACCGUAGGAGAGUUGCGUGCACGUGUCCCAAUUGCGGUGAAGGAGACAGAAACCGAGAUAUAACCAGAAAGCGGCAACAUAUAUGUCACAUCGCUGGAUGUAAUAAAGUUUACGGAAAAACGAGUCAUUUACGCGCUCAUUUACGCUGGCACACUGGCGAACGACCAUUUGUUUGCACCUGGGUAUUUUGCGGUAAAAAGUUCACCAGAUCCGACGAACUACAAAGGCAUCGUAGAACGCACACUGGCGAGAAGCGUUUCCAGUGUACGGAGUGUUCGAAGAAAUUCAUGCGAUCGGAUCACUUAACAAAACAUGUUAAAACACACACAAAGCUUCGAAGUACGGAAGCUGCUACUUCUACACAAGAAGGAUCUUCCGACAGUCAGUCUUCCACUGAGCAAAAAAUCAUUAUAGCUCUACAAAAGGAAACAGAACAGUCUGAUCUCGCUAUUCAGGAACAAAUUGAGAAUAUGAAGAACGAGUCAACGAAUCACGUAACAAAUGAAUAAAAAGUUUUUGUACAUAACGUCAUGGGACAAGAGAUAUAGAUUACUUUUAGUGAAGACUACUAGUAAUAAUUAUUGUACUAAUAAUUGUUACUAUUAGUAAUGACAGUUAAUAUGAUUGUAAUACAAGCGGAAUUAUAACUCUGUUUAUCUCGAGACAAUUUUUUUUAACGGGAAAUUGGACUGUUGAAGGAAGAACAGAGAAUUACUCUUUAGGAUUAAAACUUAUCGAUUAAGUGAUAUUUAGUAAGAUUUCAGUUUCUGAUAAUAUUAGUAAAAAUUAAUAUUAUUACGACUUUGCGUGCGUUAAAUUUAAAUUAGCGUUAGUUGUCUGAGUGAAAGAUUCGAAUAUUCGAUGUAAACAUCGCGAGUUCACAGAGAUAAUCGUAAGGCCUGUUUUUUUUUUAGUUAAGGUUGCACUUUUUGUCUUUAGAAUGAAAUUAUUAGUAUAACGACAUUGAAGCGAAAAAGAACAAAGUUCCAGUGCAGCACUAAUGCAGCUAAAAAAACAGGCCUAUUGUUUAUAAUGUACAAUCUAUUUUUUUACUACAUAUAUGCGUGCAUGAGCGCGCGUAUGUAUGUAUGCUGUAUGUAUGUAUAUAUUUGUGUGUAUAUAUAUAUAAUGUAUAUCAAUGUAUAAAAUUUUGCACAAGAAAAUUUUACAAUUCUGAAAAUUUUUUGAUAUCUUAGUAGAGACAGUAGCUAGAGAUAUAUUCAGCUUUUAUUUUAUCGGAUUAUUUUAAAUCGAGUAACCGUUGCGCAUAAUGCGCUACAUGAACGCAAAGUUUAAAACAGUUUUGCCUCCUUUGACAAUUGUAGUAUUUAUGUACAUACACAACAUAAGAAAUAAUUUUGAGUACUCGUAAGGGAACAUUCGCGAUGUCCACGUUAGAUUGUGAUGAAACUGUAAUAACUUGUAAAAUAAUCAAAAUUAAGAGAUAUACGUAUUUUUUUAUCGACUGAAACGCAAGUUUAGAAGAUGAAACUCUCUAAAAGUUUUAUCCCUUUUGUGUUAGAGUCGUUAGUUGCAAGUCUCAAGGUCGCAAGAAAAUUGACCAAUCACAGUCAAUUCUUCUCUGGUCGUAAGAAAAACGAUUGACUUGCGAUUUACAAUUAAUGUAGUACCGGUCUUAAGUUACUAUUGGAAAUUUAAAAAAUUUUUUAGGUCAAUAUUUUAUUGUUUCUUUUUAAUAUAUAACGUGGUUUUAUAUAUUAACAAAUAUUAUUUUUAAAGAUUAAUAAAACUGUUAGCUUUAAAUUUAAAUAUAUAAAAAUCAUAAUAAAAAGAGUAAGAUAUCUUUAUUCUGAAUUCAUGUACAUAUCUAUAUUUAUAUGUAAAUUAUAUGUAUGUAAUAUAGAUAUAUCGUGGAUGCAUUUCUGCGAGUUGCACAAUUUUUCGUAACAUGUGCAAACGUUCUACUAUUGUGUCAUUAUGCGAUUCCCAACAAUUAUCAAAAUAAUAUAAAAAGAGGGAUGUAGCAUUGAGAGGUAGUUUCAUCCAUUAAAUUUGCAUCCAUUCUAUUUUGGUUUAAUGGCAUUUCAUGGAUAAUUAAAAUAUAAAAUAAAUGAAGAUGUAAUAAAUAAAGAUGCGCUCGAUUUCUGGGCGAUGGCCCUUGGGGAUAGAUGCGUUAUUACGAGCCAAAGAGAUGAUGUGCUUAUUUACAUCCUUCUACACUCAAAAGAAUCUAUGCACUCCAGUGUACAUUAAACAAAAAAUAUUGAUAAUGUUUCACACUUAAAACUUUCGUCUACAAGCUCUUUACUCCAAUAUUUUAAAGUCUCUUUCAAAAUAAAUGAUUUAUUAUUCGGGAUGAAACAACGACGUUCAAUAGCAUAAUACGUUAUUUCUUCUGUUGUGUAAACGCGCUCUGGCAGAGGGUUGUCCAUCGCGUGACAUAGAUAACGCGGAAACAUUUCUUUGUUUUUAUUUGUAUACAUGACAGUUAUUGGCCGAAAAAUUUAGGUAACUAUAUGUAAACAUCUAAAUGCUACUCACAUCUUUUUACGUUACAUUCUAUCUCAUGUUUACAAUAUAAACGUUAACUUCGUCGACUGCUGCAAACUACACAUUGUGGUUGUAAGGAUUUACGUUUACGAGUGUGUGCUUGUCCUCUUAUAUCCUUUUGCUAUAGAAAUAUGUGUAGAUACCUUGCGUAUCUCUAUUUAUUUCUAUCGCAUUAUGCGCAUUUUUAUCAUAAAUAUUAGUUUUCAAGAAAAAGAAAACCGAGAAAUAGUGCAUCAAGCAGUUUAUAUGUUUUGAAGAAAACUUUAUAUUUCUAAAAAACUGCUCGAAAUUGAAAAACAAAAUUGCUCGUCGCGUAUCUGGAUGUUUAUUCGUCGAGACUCAGAAACUGCUGAAGUAUAUAUACAUAUCUUAGUACAGUCACUUCACCGGACCAAACUUAAAGAUAGAAAAUAAUUACGAUCUAAAAUAUUCUUUUUGUAUACUUUUUACAAUUUUAGCGUAUAUACAAAUUAAAAAUCGAAACAAUAUAAGUGCAUAUGUUUUACGCUAGUUUCCUUUUUUUUUAUGAUUGCGAUCUCUAUUGAAGUCAAUUCGCAUGGCAAUAAAAUGAGUUUUAAAUGCCUCUUUGCAGACGGAAGUAUUCUUACAUGCACCUAAGUUUAUUUUGAAGAAUUCGUGAUAUUCAUUGCUUAAAUUUAUUAAUUUGUCCUUUAAACCACGUUUUUCUUUUCAAUUUAAUGUUACGUUAAUACGUUUAUGCGUUUGUAUUUUACUGAGUCUCGGCGAUGUGAAAGAAUUGCUUUUUUUUUAUAUAAAUAUCAGAAAAUCGCUUCCGUCAAUUUAUUUUGAAUUUAUCUUGACUAUCGCUACUUAAAGCGGAGCUGUCAAUAUGUAAACAAUGUCGAAGACUAUGUAAGUUACUCUUACACUUUUACUGGAAUUAAAUCGUAAAAAGUUCCUUCUCUAACGAAAAAAGUACCAGAUUCAAAAACACAAAAACUUUUUAUGAAAUUUAAAUCGAAUUGCGGAGUGCAAUUAAAAAAAAAA